GAGUCCCAUUGUCAGGAGUGUAACGUGCUAGAAAAUAGUUUGCAUAGUGUUGUUAUUUAUUCUCAGGGUCGUAAUCAUACUAUUUAGCUCAACAUAUCUCUCACAGGAAGUAGAUAGAUAUUUGGAAGAAAGCAGCUUUGAGCAAAUACCCGGAGUAAACCUGACUGCACAGCAAUGAGUGACCCUGAGCCAGCAACAUUUGCAUCUGUUGAACAAGAGAGGGACUACUGGAAGGAACAGGCUGCCAAAUACCAGCAAAGGGCUGAGGAGGCGCAGGAGGAGCUGCAGGAGUUUCAGCAGAUGAGUCGAGACUAUGAGGCAGAGCUGGAGACAGAGCUGAAGCAGUGUGAUGCCCGUUAUCGCGAGCUUCUUAUGGCCAACAACAGACUCCGCAUGGAAUUAGAAAACUACAAGUCACUAAAGAAUCUUCUAGAAUCAGUACAGAGAUUAAAAGAUGAAGCCAGAGAUUUAAGACAGGAACUGGCUGUUCAGCAGAAACCAGAGCGCAAGUCAUCAAUCAGCCUUUCUAAAGAUGUAGAGAAGCCAGAGGCCACACCCUCCAGACCCUCUUCUGUUGUUACCUCCGCUCUCCCAUCUCUCCAUGCCACACCCUCCAGACCUCCAGGCUCAGGGAGUGCAUUUAACACCCCCUCAGCUUCCUACAGCAGAAUUGAAGGCCUGACUGGAACUCCUCUCACCACAUCUGCACGUAUAUCUGCCCUCAACAUCGUUGGAGAACUGUUGAGGAAAGUUGGGAACCUUGAAUCAAAGCUGGCAUCAUGCAGAGAAUUACACGUCCAUGAGAAAACACCCAGCCGUGCAGCAAUUGGCCAGGGUACCCUGAGCGUUUCACGGGAAGCACCUGAAAUCCCAUCCAACACGAAUGGCUUGUAUGAUAAGGGGAUGGUGAAACGGUUGGACUUUGGAACAGGACCCAAGAUAAUGCUGUGAAUAAAGCACUAUUCGCUACCAGUGCACAAGCAUGUCUUUCGUUCUCACAUCAUUGGG